CGUCAUAUUUGUGAGCCGCAGCAGUGCUGGGGACAUGACUUGUUGAGAUCACCAGUGUGGAUGUGAACGUCUCAUAAACAAACUCCACAGCUCCAUCAUGUUGUCGUGCAAACGGGGCCUGACCGGCACCAUGACCUCCGCUCUGCGGGCUCUGCUGUCGACUAACCGGGUUGUUGUGCUCGGCCCCGUGCGGAGACAUGUGUCCUCACAGGCGGAGACAGACGGAGAGGUCCGCAUCGCCAACGUCCUGAAGGAGAAGUUUCCCUCAGCGUCGUCCCUCAGAGUCGUGGAUAUUUCAGGUGGUUGUGGGGCCAUGUAUGAGAUCCAUAUAGAGUCCAGUGAAUUCAAGGGGAAAAGGACGGUGCAGCAACACCAGUUAGUCAAUCAGGCACUAAAGGAAGAGAUUCAAGGAAUGCAUGGACUGCGAAUAUUCACUGAUGUCCCAAAACAUUAGAGCAAGUCCUUCCACUGCAGACUCUCACCUUUCUCCUUUUGUUCAUGAAUGUACAGCUUUAAAGAGGAUAUUGUGUAGUAAAUGAAUUCCAGGAUAUUUUUUAACUAGUGAGAUAUCUGUUCCUCUGAGAUUAUAUAUAUGUAUAAAACCAGUGAAGGCUGUCAUACGCACAAAACGACUUGGUUAAAUGCCAGUACAAAGUCAAGUCAUGUUGGUCUUCUCAGGGUUGAAAUGAUGCUGGUAAAAUGAAACACAGUUCAGUAAAUAGUAAAUAUAACCAUCUUAUUAUCAGAUAAUUACUACAGACCCUUGUUUAAAACUGAGGGAAACUUCAGUUUGUGGAGCUUUACUUUGCAAAAACAUUCACAAUGUGAUUACAAUAUAUAUGUUACAGUCCCAUGAAAUAUGAUUGAUUUUUAAAAAUUGGUUACAAUCCAUUGGCUUGUACAUAGACCUUGUAUUUAUUCUACCUAUGCAAUGAUAAUAGGAAAUGAAUUAAAAAAGCAGCUGCUCUUCCCCUGCA